AUGAACACAUUGGAAGCAACCAGUCCCAAGCAUUCGCUCAAAGGGGCAAAUUUUGACAAUAACUCCGAUUAUGCACCCCUCCCCGCCUACUCCACUUGGGUCAUACCCGAGCCCUCCGCCAUUCCCUCUAAAGGCAGUGACCACGACAUACCACCGACGAAACCCCUUACACCUUAUAAUUUAUUUCUAGAGAAUUUAAAGGACCCCUCUUGCAAGGAUGUUGUUGUUGCUGUCAAAAGACUCUCUCUAGAGCUACCGGUCAAUUGCCGCACCGAAACUGCUAAGUUAGUCCAUGAGUUUUUGAAUGCCAAAUUCCUGGAAUUGAUCAAGACCACCGCCUUUUCCGCCCCUUGGGCCCAUCAUGACGUAAGCGAAGGGUUGGAAAAGUUUACUCUCCAAAAAAUUUACCACAACAUCUUCCAAAUGGACAAAAACGAUGCUGUUCUAGACAAAUACAUACACAAACGUCUUAAAGUCCUUAGCUGGAUCACAUUGCAACAUCUGGAUGUACCCACUACACUAAAUUUCAAUGCAUUGGACAGCGCCAUUAACCACCUACAGAAGAUCGAUAAAUUUAAGGCUCCGCUGGAUAAGAUUACCAUCAUCAUCAACACCUGUAAAAUACUAACGCAAGCCCUGCAAGGCACAAAACUUAGCCCUAAUGAUAAACCCGCGGCUGAUCAGUUGUUGCCUUUGAUGAUAUACACGCUCAUACAAGCAAACCCCCCACGGCUUGCCUCAAAUAUCGCAUUUAUCCAGCACUUUCGACACCCCAAAAAACUUGUAGCCCAGGAGGCCUAUGCCCUCACACAAAUCUGCGCCGCCAUAGAAUACACCAAAAUUCUAAACCACACACAAAUCCAAGGCGUUACUCAACCUGAAUUUGAUAGACUGUGCCAACAAAUGUCGGAGCGUUAUAAUGAGGAGCUAGCAGAUUCUGCAGAGGCGCUGGAGGAUACUGCGUCAGUCAUUUCGGAUGCCCUUAGCGGAUCAAAAGGCCACUCGGAAUUCGAUCAUCUAACUUCUUGGCGCGGAAACUUCAAAAAUCCCUUCACAUUUCUGGUAAAAAGACCCUAUUUCCUGAACCUUUUCAAGUCCGAACAGCCCUUCGACACCAAGCCAAUUGAAGACUCAGUUUCUCAUGAAAAAAAUUCUAGCGUAUUAGAGACACUAACACUUAUCAAACAGACCCUCAACAGGGUAGAUGUUGAUGACUUUUCCCACGCAAAUACAGAUGCGCUUUGCCUAGACAUGGAAAAGGUUCUGCACCAGCAUUGCGCCCUAAGGCAGAUGCGUAAUGAAUGUCUAGACCUCACCAAAAAUUUGCUAGAGUCCCUCUCCCAAUUGUAA